UCGCUUGAGUUCUCCAUUUUCAUCUAAGAAAGAAUUAGGUGGAUUUACAAAUUCAUUCUUCUGUGAGUCUAUGGGUCCUGAUUCUAGGAAAAGGAUUGCAAAUGCCUUCCGUGCUACAAAGGUUCUCGGGAUCAGUGAAGAAAAGGUGAAGCCUGUAUUGAAACGUCUUUUAAAGUUGUAUAAUAAAAACUGGGAUCUCAUUGAGGAGGAGAAUUAUAGAUCCCUUUUUGAUGCAAUUUUUGAGUAUGAUGAAGCUGAGGAAGCAAGACGUGCAAAAUCUUCGAUCUGUGCUGCAGAGGGUGCUUUGGAGGAAGACGAGGUUUUGAAUGAAGAGCCCGAAAGACCAUUAAAAAGAUUUCGUUUGAGACCGCAAGAUGGUCAACCAUCACCGUCCAGCCUUGGCGGGACUUCACGGACAAGGCAUGAUGAUGGUGGGGAUGCACUUCUUCAGGGACCACCUCAGCCAUGUGAUGGACAGAUGGAUCUUAGAAGCAAGGGGAAACAUCGUCUUUCAACCAAUCCACAGUCAUCCGAGAAGAGCGUUGGUGGUCAUGUACUUGUCAAGCCUAAUGAUGAGCCAGGGUCAUCAGCAGAUAAAGGUGGAACUUCAAUCGCGACAGAAAAUUCUCACAGCUUAGAGAUAGCUUCACUGAUUUGGGCAGAUGUUAAAGUGAUCCUGAACUGCAACACUGCCUUUGGAAUACCCAACUUCCAGAUGCCUAGCUUAGAUGCAGUAGUGAAAGUGUUGGAUGAUACGUAUCUUAAAAGGUACAGAGAUCUUGAUACCCAGUUUUCCGUGAUAAAAGUGAUGGAGGAUGUUUGCCACUGCUUUUUGCAGUUGGCUGCUCAAAUAAAUAGGAGUGGUUAGGAGUGGUUAGUUUGAACUAAAAUAAAUAAAGCAGAUUAUACUAAUAUUACCAUUAUUUAAUACUACGCACUAUUUUAAUAGGCUGUGUGUCUUGCUUAAAACAUGGCUAAAUACAUGUAGAUCUUUCAAGUUUUCUACAUUAGCCACAUAGCAUAUUUUAUGUUGCAACAUGUAAGAAUAUAUUUCUUGGUUGUACACUUGUAAUGGAGCUAUGCCAUUCAUAUUUUUCUAUAGAUAGAAAAUGUUAUGAUCAAGCGUUUGAAAAGUUGAAAAAUAAAGGGAAAACUAUCAAAUAAGCCCCCGUACUAUACCGAAAAAGUCGAUUAGGCCUUCGUACUUUACAAACACUCAAUUAAGUCCUCGAACUAUUAAAAAACGUUCAAUUAAGCCCUUUUGGUGGGUAAGUAACUGAUUUCCCGGUUAAACAACGACGAUGGCGACAAUGUGCUCGAACUCCACCAACAGCGGCUUCCGGGAAACAGGUUACAUUUAACCGGGAAACCGGUUACUUACUGACCGAAAAGGCUUAAUUGAACGUUUUUUAAUAGUUCGAGGACUUAAUUGAGUGUUUGUAAAGUACGAGGGCCUAAUCGACUUUUUCGGUAUAGUACGAGGGCUUAUUUGAUAGUUUUCCCAAAAAUAAAUGGAGGAAGCACAAAUCACGUCUUCUCUCCAAGAUCUUCCGAAGCAAUGGGUCUUCCCUCUAAGAUCUUCUGAAGCAACGGGCACAUGAAGCAAGUUCUAGCUUCCAGGGAUGGAGACAGGGGGAGGCUGACGGGGGUCUCAGUCUCUCCAAGAUUUUUUUUAUGUAUAUAUAUGUAUGUACAAGUAUUUAUAAGCAUUAAAAAAUAUAAUGAAGUUUUAAGUUUUGACCCUUUCAAUAUAAAUUCCUUAAACUC